GCGAGGUAGCAACAGAAUGUUCCGUUUAUCCAGGGGCAAAAUCGGAAUGCUAUUCCGUGCUGUCGAUCUACGGAAUGGUGGAGAAACCGUAAAGCAACUUUAUAUCAAGAAGAACCCGACCGAUAAUCUGCUCAAAUGGCAGCAGGUGACACAGUUCUGUUUUUAUCGCCGAAAAUACACCGACUCAAGCAAGUACAAAGGAGGCAAGGUGGCGGGGCAGCGACAUAAAGCGAUCAACAACAACAGUCAGGAAAACACGGCCGAAGGUUUUCCAGAGGAAUCAAUCGAACGUUCAGAGCUGAUCGAUGAUCGAGAGUACGAUUCAGUUGCCUCCAGUGCAAUGCACGUAACGAAACGCAUCCAAAACGUUCAACACGUAGCCAUCAUACAACCAUACAUUAAGUGGGGACCACGAAAAAGCCCCACCGCACCAGAGUUGUUGCUGCAGGAAGCGGAAGCGCUCGUUCGUUCGCUGCCCAAGUGGAACAUCGAACUAAGCUUGAAAAUUCCAGUCGAAACGCUGGACAAGAGGCAACUGUUUGGGACUGGAAAGCUGGAGGAGCUUAAAGAAACGUUAAGAGCAAGACAAGAAGCGGGAACACCACUGACAUGUGUUUUCAUUAGCAAAGGAACACUUUCCUACGGACAGAAGCAAACGCUCGAGCAAGCUUUUCGGCUACCAGUCAUGGAUCGCUACUCGAUCGUCGUACAAAUCCUUCGCCUACACGCUGUCAGCAUGGAGGCAAAGCUACAGGUGGCCCUAGCCGAGCUCCCCUACAUCUGGUCGCAGGUUAAAGAUCAGGAAGGAUCAUCCAAGGGCUCAGGCCGCAUAUUCCUCAGCGAUUCGCAGCGCCAGAUGCUACAACUGCGUGAACGCAAGCUUCGUCACGAACUGGCGAUGAUACAUUCACACCGGGAGUUGCUACGAAACCGACGGAGGCAGAAAAAUUUCCCCGUCGUGGCCGUAGUAGGGUACACCAAUGCGGGCAAAACUUCUCUCAUAAAAGCGCUUACGGAGGAGCAAAAUUUGCAACCGCGAGAUCAACUAUUUGCCACCCUGGACGUAACGGCCCACGCCGGUUUAUUACCGUGCAAGCUUGAGGUGCUGUACAUGGACACGGUUGGUUUUAUGGCCGAUAUUCCUACCGGGUUGAUUGAGUGUUUCGUAGCGACCCUCGAGGACGCUAUGCUGGCGGAUGUGAUCGUGCACGUGCAGGAUUUGGCACACGAAAAUUGCACCGAACAGAAGGCCCACGUGGAGCGAACCUUGCGCACAUUGAUGCGCAACGGUGAGCAAUCGCUAGCCCCGGAGAGGGUUAUCAACGUGGGUAAUAAGGUUGAUUUGGUGGAAGAUCGGCAGGAGGUGAUAACUGGAGCUGAUGACGAAACCCCGAACGGUCGAUUACAUCUUGUUUCCUCUAAAACGCUGCACGGAAUUCACGAGCUUCUGCUGGAGGUGGAACGCAAAGUACUCCAGGUGACAGGCCGGCAGCGGAUGGUAAUAAAGGUUCCGAUGGGUGGUCAGGAGGUGGCAUGGUUGUACAAGCAUGCGGCCGUUACUGAAACAGCGGCCGACCCAACUAACGCCGAGCGGUUACUGGUGAGUGCAGUCAUAACGAAAGCAAAGUUGCAACAGUUUCGUCAUCUAUUCAUCCUAAAUCGAGCCACUGGAUGAAACGUAGGGAAAUAUUUGUAAAUGAUUUGUUGUAAUAUAUUUUGUUUAGUUUAAUAAAGCAAUGGUUAUUUUUUAUGUGACUUUAA